UUCGCGAUCUCUCUCCCGGGCGAAGAUCGACGAUCUGCAUGCCGCGGGUGAACCUUGUGCGUCCAGGUCCAAGUUCUACCUCACAAUUGCCGUGAUAGACGCCGUGGGCCUGGCCAUGGCUGAGAUAAUCGUGCAGCUUCGGUGAUUCAACCCGUCCAACAAACAUUCCUUUUUCUGCGGCUAGCUGGCUAGCUUCAGCUGUUAAGUUGGGCGCUGUCUCUCCUGGCUGACAUUCCACUUUUCACUUUCCCCUUUGAUCAAUCACUCCCCCGUACUUGCAGCAAGAAACGCCAGACCACCGUCAUGCCGAGUCUCGCCCCAGACACCGCGCCCCCGGAAACUGACACGGCGGCGCUGGCCAGCUUCAAGGCCCUGUGCGCGGAACGAGGGCUGCUGAACCGGCCUCAGGGGCUCCAAGCGGGGGAUGUCGUGGACGGUCUAACCGACGACCUGACCUUACUCCGCUUCCUUCAAGCCCGCAAAAACGACCCCCCGUCCGCCCUGCAGCAAUACGAAUCCGCCUCGCGCUUCCGCGCCGACCAAUCCAUCGUCGAGGUCUACAACACCAUCUCGAUCGACGACUACGAAGCCACGCGCAAACUGUACCCGCACUGGACCGGGCGCCGCACCCGCACCCAGCACCCCAUCCUUUUCCUCGACGUGGCACACCUCCACGCCGACGCCAUGCAGCACUGGCGACACACGCGCUCGCUGACCGACAAAAAUGCACCGGACAUGGCGCAGCGUGCCUGCGUCUUCUUCGACACGCUGACCCGGUUCAUCCUCCCGCUGUGCACGGCCGCCGCGGGCACGCCCGUGACCAAAAGCAUCUACCUCGUCGACGCGAAGGCGAUCAGCCUCAAGCAGGCGUGGAAUCUGCGGGAUUUCGCCAAGGAGAUUAGCGGGAUCUUGGCGACGUGUUAUCCCGAGACGAUUGAGACGAUAUUCGUCUGCAACGCCCCCAGCUACUUCAGCACGAUCUGGGGCGUGAUGAAGAAAUUCGUCGACCCCGUCACCGCCGCCAAGCUGGUGAUUCUGACGGAGGGCCAGGUGCUGCCGGCGCUGGAGGGGCUGAUGGAGCAUGAGAGUAUUCCGCUGCAGUGUGGCGGGGGGUUUGAGGUGGUGCAUGGCAUGCGGGCGGAUCUGGAUGCGGGGUUGCUGGAGGUUUUGGGUAAGGAGAGGCCGGUGGUGCUGCCAGAGGGGCCGUUGAAGUGGCAGGAGGAUGGUGAGGGGAGACGCGUGCUCGUGGCGACGGGGUCCACGGCGUCGGGGCUGCGGGAGGAGGUGGUUGCGGUGUUGUAGCUGGGUAGGAAGUGAUUGAAGCGGUCGUUGGCGUGGAUUUGAGUAGGUUUGGGUAUUUGGUUGGUGUCUCGAAAAGGUCGAAGUAGAAC